GUUAUAAAUUGCUGAGAAGCUCCGUCCCCUUCCACCUUCAGCCAUUUUAACCAUGUUGGGAGCUGUGGGACGCUGCAGCGCGGGGGUUUUGCAGGCUUUUAAGCCUGUUGCCAGUCCACUGAAAGCCUUCAGUGGAGCCCCGGCAGCUCUUUAUUCGCGCAGGAACUAUGCUGCUGCGGCUGCGCCAACAGCCAAAGCUGCCGCCGCCGCUGGCCGUAUUGUGGCGGUCAUCGGUGCCGUUGUCGAUGUCCAGUUCGAUGAGGGUCUUCCUCCUAUUCUCAAUGCGCUGGAAGUAUCUGGUCGUGAUACCAGGCUGGUGCUGGAGGUUGCACAGCAUCUAGGGGAGAACACAGUGCGCACUAUUGCCAUGGAUGGUACUGAAGGUCUCGUACGUGGACAGAAGGUUCUUGACACCGGGGCACCCAUCAGAAUCCCAGUGGGACCGGAGACCUUAGGCAGGAUCAUGAAUGUCAUUGGGGAGCCAAUUGAUGAGAGGGGGCCCAUCACCACCAAGCAGACUGCUCCCAUCCACGCAGAAGCCCCUGAAUUCACAGACAUGAGUGUGGAGCAGGAGAUUCUGGUCACUGGCAUUAAGGUGGUCGACCUGCUUGCUCCUUAUGCCAAGGGUGGCAAGAUUGGUCUCUUUGGUGGUGCUGGUGUGGGCAAGACUGUCCUUAUCAUGGAGCUGAUCAACAAUGUGGCCAAGGCCCACGGUGGCUACUCGGUGUUUGCUGGGGUUGGAGAGCGUACCCGCGAAGGAAAUGACCUGUAUCAUGAAAUGAUCGAAUCCGGUGUCAUCAACCUGAAGGACACCACCUCAAAGGUAGCAUUGGUGUACGGGCAGAUGAACGAGCCCCCCGGCGCCCGUGCCAGAGUUGCCCUGACUGGUCUUACUGUCGCCGAAUACUUCCGUGAUCAGGAGGGACAGGAUGUGCUGCUCUUCAUUGACAAUAUCUUCAGAUUCACCCAGGCUGGAUCAGAGGUAUCUGCUCUGUUGGGUCGUAUUCCUUCUGCUGUGGGUUAUCAGCCCACUCUGGCCACUGAUAUGGGUACCAUGCAGGAGAGGAUCACGACCACCAAGAAGGGCUCCAUCACUUCUGUUCAGGCCAUCUAUGUGCCUGCUGACGAUUUGACUGAUCCUGCACCUGCCACCACCUUCGCCCACUUGGAUGCCACAACUGUGCUGUCUCGUGCUAUCGCUGAGCUGGGCAUCUACCCUGCUGUUGACCCCCUUGACUCCACCUCCCGUAUCAUGGAUCCAAACAUAGUGGGAACUGAACACUAUGAUGUGGCCCGUGGUGUGCAGAAAAUCCUGCAGGACUACAAAUCCCUCCAGGAUAUCAUUGCUAUUUUGGGUAUGGAUGAGUUGUCUGAAGAAGAUAAGCUGACUGUUGCUCGUGCUCGCAAGAUCCAGCGUUUCCUCUCUCAGCCUUUCCAAGUGGCUGAGGUCUUCACUGGCCAUCUAGGCAAACUUGUGCCCCUCAAGGACACCAUCAAAGGAUUCAAGAGCAUUCUGGGAGGUGAGUAUGAUGCCCUGCCUGAACAGGCGUUCUACAUGGUUGGACCUAUCGAAGAAGUCGUCCAGAAAGCCGAGAAACUCGCAGAAGAACAUUCAUAAGUCUCUCAAAGAAUUGGGUCAUGAUGAAGCUGACUGUGGAGGAGCACUUUUGUGAAAUGUAAAAUUUAAGUAUGAUGUCCUGUCAUCCUGAAAAGUUCUGAUUUCAUUUCCAGGAGAAAAUGAAGCCAUUAAAAUCUGUCUUGUCGUAA